GCCUCUCCCCGCGGCGGCACCGCUACCGCUCUCUCCGUUGUCUCUGGCCGCCAGCAGAGCGCGCUUGCGCCGUCGCCACGCGGGGUGCCGGCUGCUGUGCCCUCGCCAUGUCCGCUUCCUCCGCGGCCGCGCUGCGGCCGGUCACUCACCUGAUCUUUGACAUGGACGGCCUCCUCCUGGAUACCGAGCAUCUCUAUACAGUAGUGUUCGAAGAGAUCUGUCGGCGUUUUGGAAAGACCUAUACUUGGGAUAUGAAAGCCUUAGUCAUGGGUAAAAAAGCCCUAGAAGGGGCACAGAUUAUUCGAGAUGUUCUAGAUCUUCCAAUAACUAAAGAAGAGUUAUUACAUGAAAGUAAAAUGAAGCAGGAGAAGAUAUUCCCUACUGCUGAAUUGCUGCCAGGGGUAGAUAAGCUGAUCCGUCAUUUACACAAACACAACAUACCCAUAGCCGUUGCCACCAGCUCAGCUGAAGCGACAUUCCAGAUGAAAACAGCCAGACACAAAGACUUCUUUGGUCUUUUUCAUCAUAUUGUGCUGGGAGAUGACCCCGAGGUGAAGUGUGGCAAGCCGCAACCUGAUGCAUUUCUAGUUUGUGCAAAGAGAUUUCACCCUUCUGCACCUCCAGAGAAGUGUCUUGUGUUUGAAGAUUCACCACUUGGAGUCAAAGGAGCCCUGGCAGCAGGAAUGCAAGUGGUUAUGAUUCCAGAUGAAAAGUUAAAUCCAGAUCUUAAAAAGGAGGCAACACUACUGCUGAACUCCAUGGAGGAUUUCAAACCAGAACUGUUUGGUUUACCAGCAUAUGAUUAAUGCCUAAUGUCUAUGAACAUGCACUUGACUGGAGAUCGGGAAGGUGGAAUGAAAUUUUGUUAUGAUUUUAUGAUUGGUUUGCAUCUUUUCCUCUCUUCCUCAAAACUAGAGCACAAAAAGAGCAACUCUUCCACACAGUACAUUUGAAAGUUGACUGGAAUGUUUAUGAUUUGUCCUCAUGAUAAAUGCUAAAUUAAAGCAGCAUUUUGUCUUGUGAAGUGAAUCCAGCCUUGUUCUCUGCUGUGGUGGGCUGACCCUGGCUGGAGGCCAGAUGCCCACCAAAGCUGCUCUGUCACUCCCCUCCUCAGCUGGACAAGGGAGAGAAAAUAUAACGAAAGUCUUGUGGGUCAAGAUAAGGACAGGGAGAGAUCACUCACCAAUUACCGUCAUGGGCAAAACAGAUUCAGCUUGGAAAAAAUUAAUUUAAUUUGUUAUCAAUCAAAUCAGAGCAGGUUAAUGAGAAAUAAACACAAAUCUUAAAACACCUUCCCCCCACUCCUCCCUUCUUCCUGGGCUCAACUUCACUCCUGAUUUCUCUGCCUCCUCCCCCCCCCCCAGCAGCACAGGAGGACGGGGAAUGGGGGUUGUGGUCAGUUCAUCACACGCUGUCUCUGCCGCUCCUUCCUCCUCAGGGGGAGGACUCCUCACACUCUGCCCCUGCUCCAGCAUGGGUCCCUUCCAUGGGGUGCAGUCCUUCAGGAACAGACUGCUCUAGUGUGGGGUCCUCCACAGGCUUCAGGUGGAUAUCUGCUCCACCAUGGAGCCCCCAUGGGCUGCAGGGGUACAGCACAGCAGUUUUUCCCCCCCAUCUUAACUCUGUUACCCCAGAGGCACUACCACUGUUGCCGAUUGGCUCGGCCUAGGCCAGUGGUGGGUCCAUCUUGGAGCCGGCUGGCAUUGGCUCUGUCGGACGUGGGGGAAGCUUCUAGCAGCUUUUCGCAGAAGCCACCCCUGUAGCCCCACCUCUACCAAAACCUUCCCACGCAAACCCAAUACAUUUGCACAUCAUAAUGUUUUCUGGGAAUAUUAUGAAACUAUGUAGACAAUUUAUUGUAACUGCAGUGGAAGCUUCUUGUUCUGUUUCGACUUGAAUGACUUACUGUUUAGAUCUUAACCAGAAGCCUGUUCUGGAUUGGCUUUUAUCCCAUUACAUUGUUUUUGAUACAGUUAUCACUAUCAACAUGUUUAUCCAUUUCCUUAUCCUGUACUUGCCCAUGUAUUCCCCUCUGUAUCCUGUUGUCUUUUUUUUUUUCCAGCUUUUUGCAGGGUAUUUUUUUUGUUGUACUUUCUGUGUUUUCUUGUUUUGUUUUCUUCUUAGAGGUUGAAUGAGACAACUUCCAGAGGUGCCUUACAACGUUCAUUAUUCUAUAAUUUUGUCAUUAUCUUUUUUGUCAUGGUGAAGGCUUGCUAGGAGCUAUGCAAGGUUAUGUGAUUCUGCAGUUUAACCAAAAUGCUUUGCAUUUUCCUUCUUUCAUUUCCUUAUAUUCUUCUCACUUUCCAUGUUGCCAUGUAGUCUUCUGUUUCAUUUUUUUGAAAUGCAUCAUCCUGUCUCCCUGCUUCAGUUCUGAUAAAGUUAGGGACUUAUACUCCUUUGUAUCCAAAUAGCUUUCUCUGGGCUAUCUUUACUUUUCCAUUCUUACCUCCUUGAGGGUUUUUUUUGGGGGGGGGGUUGGUAUUUGUUUUGGGGGUUUUUUUGGCCAAGUUCCUGCAGAGAGUUUUGCUAUCUAUUUUUAAAAUACAGAAAAUGUAGUUUGGGUUUAUUUAAAUACUCAAAAUUUAUUUUUCUGCAUUUCCACAAAGUGUUUAUGUUGUCAUCUGUCCCUCUUUCUUCUGUCUGUUUCUGGCAUCUUGUCAGGACAAGGGUAAGGGUCUCUUAUAAAAUGCUAGACAUGUAAACAGAUUUUUGUGGAAUCCACAAGUACAUUUAUGGCAUGGUGGAAGCAAUGUCUUUUACUUUGUCUAAAGGAUACUAUAUUAUGUGGUAUUUAUGACUGUUUUAUAAAAUUAAUGAUUGUAUUCAGUAUUUAAAAAACUGAAUUUCUAAUUGAGUGUCCAUAAGAUACUCCAAAAUCUUGGUAAAAUAUCAAACUCCAUAGACAAGGGGUGUAAAAUAUGUCAAAUAAGAGAAUUUCCAAGUAUUAUGAUAAUACUUCUCUGACCUCUUUUUUUUUUUUUUUUAAUAUUGACUGUUUAUCAAUGAUCUUCUUCACAAAAUCUUUUCUAGGCAUUUCUGGUGUUUAACUGUUUUAGGUAGAAGGUUUUUUGGUUAGGAACAAAAAUUAAUGAAUCAUAGAUACUUCAAUAUUCAGGGUGAGUUUCCUUACAUUUCUUUGCUUGUGGAUUAAAAAAAACCCCAAGUUUUUA